GGCAGAGCUUCUUUGGUGUUGCUUCAUUUUGCAGGAACAAAAGCUCCUGCGAUAUCGCCAGUCCUUCACCCUAUUACACCGCACCCCUCGCACCUCUGCACAACCUGGGACUUGUGGUCUUACUGGACACGUAUCUCGCCGGCAAUGUCUCUAGCAAAGUCCACUCGCGGCGCCCAGACGCUGUUCCGCGCAGCCCAGCGAGCGAGCAGACAGCAAGCUCCCACUCCUUCGUUCGCAAGAACCUAUGCCUCCAUUGAAUCCGAUAUCUUCAAGCCUACGAAGUAUGGUGGAAAAUACACCGUCACCCUGAUCCCAGGUGACGGUAUCGGCGCCGAGGUUGCCGAAGCAGUCAAGACCGUGUUCAAGGCUGACAACGUACCGAUUGAGUGGGAACAAAUCGACGUAUCUGGUGUCGAGACAGGCGACAAACAUUCCGAGGCCCUGUUCCGAGAGUCGAUAGCAUCGCUCAAACGAAACAAACUCGGUUUGAAGGGUAUUUUACACACGCCAAUCGAAAGAUCCGGCCACCAGUCUUUCAACGUCGCCUUGCGACAGGAGCUCGAUAUCUAUGCCUCAGUCGUUUUGGUCAAGAACAUUCCUGGGUUGAAGACACGGCACGACAAUGUGGACCUCUGCAUCGUGCGUGAGAACACAGAAGGUGAAUACUCAGGUCUAGAGCAUCAAUCGGUGUCUGGUGUGGUUGAAUCUCUGAAGAUCAUCACUCGAGCCAAGUCGGAACGUAUCGCCAAAUUCGCCUUUUCUUUCGCCCUCGCAAACAACAGAAAGAAGGUCACCUGCAUCCACAAGGCCAACAUCAUGAAACUCGCAGACGGUCUUUUCCGAAACACGGUCAAGAAGGUUGGCGAGGAUUACCCAUCAUUGGAAGUCAAUGACAUGAUCGUCGACAACGCCUCCAUGCAAGCUGUCUCCCGACCUCAGCAAUUCGACGUUAUGGUUAUGCCCAAUCUUUACGGUGGUAUCCUCACCAACAUUGCGGCGGCUCUGGUUGGUGGACCUGGUGUCGUCCCUGGUUGCAACAUGGGUCGUGAUGUAGCCGUUUUCGAACCAGGCUGCCGACACGUCGGUCUCGACAUCAAGGGCAAAGAUCAGGCCAACCCUACAGCACUCUUGCUGUCGGGAACCAUGCUUCUGAGACAUCUCGGCCUCGAUGAUCACGCCAACCGUAUCUCCAAGGCAGUUUAUGAGGUGAUCGCUGACGGCAAGGCACGAACUCGGGACAUGGGUGGCAACAGCACCACUCAUGAGUUUGUCCGGAGCAUCCUUGACAAGAUGGAGAAGGAUUUGUAAACGAUAUGCUUUGGGAUGCCUAGCAAUGGCGGCGAGCAAAGCACUUUUGUUGUUUGAAGAGUUGGUCAGAGCGGUUCAAGUUGUAUUAGUUCUCAGAAGCUUGCAUUGAUGCUAGAAAUGACACAUUUGUACAUGAACUCUCGUGGUCAAGUUAGUCGUUGGUGAUGCUAGACAUGUUUGUAUCGAGAAAAGGACGCUGCGCCAAAGUGGAACCCCUGAACGGUCGGGUUGCGUGUGCCUCCGCGCUUGAAAACGUCGGUUUAUGACAAAGUGGCAGGUCACCACUGC